AAGGGACAGCCAAUCAGUUGCAAGGAGAAAGAGAGGGCACGGGAGACCGCGGGUAUAUAUAAAAUGUGGCAGAGAGAAGUCUUUGCAUUCUCUCCUGCUGAGAUCAACAUUGCAACUGCUCUUUGAGUCGUGUCCCUGAACUUCCGAAGAUGCGCGGCGCUUACCUCUUCCUGUCGGCGGUGGCUCUGUCAUGCCUCGUGGCGGCUGAGGCGCUCGACCUGCUCACAGGCGCCCUCACCGGCCUGGCGGCCCUCAAGGGCGCGGCGCUCGUCGGCAAAGUCCUCAUGUCUCCAAAGAAGAAGCUCCUUCGCGUCGGUCGGUCCGUCGAUACAACUCUGCAGGAGGGCGAGGACCUUCUCCUGUCCGCCGCGACGCAGCUGGACUCCGACGGCUGCAUCCCUCGUCUCCUCUGCCUCCUUGAGGCCAAGGAAACAUCCUUGCGCUCGGAGGAAGAGAGUCUCCUGCUGGAGAUCUUCGCCAACAACACCGAAGCCGUCACCUCACACAACGCCGGCUUCGUGUACGCCACCGAGCUGGGCGCCAAGACCCGCGACCCCGCUGCGUGCAAGAAGCUGUUCCCGAAGUGCCCCUUGAGCGAAGAGCAGCUGAGCUCCCUCCUCCAGCAGGCCUGGGGAUGCGGCGUCGUCCCCGCCGCCCUGCAGGCCUACGAGGAGGGCAGCCAGGUCUAGAGGAAUAUCUGGCCUGGUCUUUGUUAUGAAGAGAGCCGUUUCUUAUGGAAAAAAGCCGUUUUGUCCAGGAAAUGGUCUGUUCUCUUUGUGACAAUAGUUUGAUUGUUUGGUUUCAUAUUUAGACCUUUUGUUCUACGUGUGGAUUAUUGUUGCACCAAUUAAAACAGAAGAGAUAAAA